UUUUGGGGGUGUAUCUACUGGAGAUAUAAAAGGAAACGCGCACUUGGACGAAAGUUACUUUGAUUCAAAACAACUGAGAAGACUAAAUAUUUCAAAAAAGCAGCGAAUACUAAAAGCGAUACUAAAAGAUUUUUUUGAAAUUUUCUGCAUUUUUAUCAAGACAUAGAGUUGUUUAUCAGGUUUAGAAACGAAAUCACCGCAACACUUGGACAAUGUCUUAUUCUCUACAGUUCUGCAGUCUCCUGUUCCUAAUAGCGAGUUGGGUAAUCACCUGCCAGUCCAUGGAAAAGCCAGACUGCUCGAGGAUGGUUUUCCACCCCAGGUGUCGAGGCAUCAGUGCGAAGCGAUCUUCAAAAUUACCGUUAAUUGAAGAUGCAGAAAAAACAUAUAACUCAGACGACAGUUUUGAAUUCCCAAAUUACAAAAGUGAAGUUGACAGUGACUUGGCGGAACGAAUCAUGCGAGACAUUCUACUCGGAAGUCUGAAGUUCAAGAAUCAUGAACGUUCCUAUUACGAAGAUGAAAAGUAAAAAAUUCUGAAAAAACUCAAAGCUGUUGUUGAGAAAGCUCCUCUGAAAAUUAGUUACGUUUACCUCCAAACAAAUGAACAAUAAUAAUCAUUACAAAAAUCAUUUUUAUGUACAAAGACUCCACUGAUGCCAACUUUGUCAUUCAUAUUGCAGAAUAGCAUUUAGAGCCACUGUAAUGUUCGCUGGAAAGAAAAAUAAAAAUA